UGCCUUAUAGCAAGACUCGUGAAGGUAUUUGUGUGUGUGUUAGGGGGCUACCGACGCGCGCGCACACAAACACAAGAGUGGAAUAUAUACGCGCUCGGAUGGGGUCCCGGUUUGGAUCGGCCUGUCCCGUCCCGUAGAGUAUCGCUCGCCACCCGCUAUCCGCAGCAGUUUCAACCAAGCCGCCAGUGUCCCACCGCACGCCGAACCGUUUGCACUCAGAAGCGAUCAGGGAGCUUCCAUACAGAGAGUGACUCCCGCGCACCGCGUUCGUUUCCCCUUUAACCCCCCUCUCUCUCCAACAUCGAGGUCCUUGUUCCUCACACUCCCUCUCUCUCUUUCUCUCUCUUCCACAGACUCACACUCAACUCUCGCUGUUGAACACUCUCGGCGCCGCAUCGGUACCUCUUCCUCUCUUGGCUGUUUCACUUGUUCUCAUUGCACCCCAACUCACUCACUCCUUUCCAAGCCGUUGCAAUCCGCAAGUCUCGUUUUCUCUCUCUCUCUCUCUCUUUUCCCUUCCCACAAAUCUCGUCUCGCCCGUAACUCGUGGUGUGCUGUAUUGCUCUCCCACUGUCACCUGAUCGCGGGACGACGCUUUUCGCGGGUGAAAUACCGCUCGGCCACUGAGUCAACUGAGUGCUACGAUAGGAGAGUGCCUCCCCGCACCUCUCUGCCCGGCGCGACUUUGCCUGUCACUACUAACGAAACUCUCGUUGCGUGUAGGUCGAGUGUCAAGUGUGACGAAAAAAAAAAACAACAGACCAAUUGUGCAAAAGUUUCUUUCUUGUGAUUCUAAAUUUUAUUUCAUGUGCGGUGAUUUAUGAACCAAGAAAAGUUACCCAAAUCUACAGAAUUGCAAGUCAUAUACAGGAGACUAAACCCAAUUUCUUCCCUCUCACACAACUAUGGUAUAUACACACGUGUCAUUCUCGAAAAUGAAUAGGACCUGAAUUGAGAGGAAGCUGUCGGAGAGUUAGCGCGUCACACGUUUUAAUAUACAAUACAGAAAACGAAGAGGCGUGAUGUAUAUCAGAUGAUGUCAACGAGGAUGCAGUGAGAAGAGUGUUUGUAGUUUUGGAGAGUAUCAAUUUUGAGGAAAAAGAAAACUGAUGGCAACCGCAACAAUGGGUUUGCGACGACGAGUUACCGUGAAUAACUCACCCACGCCAAUUCAAUCAUCCGCCUCGACAUCCAACAAACGCUCGCGGUCUGAGAACAACAACAGUCCCUCGCAGGGGAAUCUUAAUUCAAUGAGCUCCCGCGAUGAGCCGCCGGCGAAAAAGUCACGAGGCACAUCGACGGCGAAGAGUGCCGAGGGUGGUGGACACUCGACAAAAAGCCGGGCAAUGUCAAAGGGAAAGAAUUGCCCGGCAACAUCGUCAGCGCUGAUGAAUCUCGAGAGCGCUAAUGUCCAUCCAACGACCUCCUGGCCGACCACAUCGUCAAUGCCGGAUCCAGUGUCCUAUGCCGGUGUGACGGGCUUGAACGUGACAGGUGGUCAGGCCGGUCUCUGCGCCGGAAACCUCGGUAUGCCAUCGCCAAUUCCAUACAUGGCAACGUCGAUGGCGACCUUUGUCGGGAACGCGACAAAUCUCGGCAAGAGCUCAUCAGUAUCGUACCUUGACAUUUCCAACAUGACCAGUGGAUCGCUCGGCUCAAAUGCCGCAGGUGCUCUCAAUUCCGGCUACAUGAAUAACAUGAAAUCCGUCAACACUACUCCUCACGAGGUGAAAAAUUGCACCUACACCAAUAUGACACCGCCAACGAAUUCUAGUGGCCCUUUUAAAAAUUCAACUCGCAGCCAAACCGCAUUGGUUGUUGAGCAAGUGAAUUUGCCGAAAAAAUUUCAAAAUGACUCAAUGUACGAGACUUAUCAGCCGUGGGUUAUUAAAACUUAUGGCGAUUUGGCAAAGACUAAGACAAUAACGAUUAAAAAAUAUGCGCGUAUAUUGAGAACAUUGCGUGGUGAGGAGGUCAAUAGUGCUGAGAAUAGCAAAUUUCGUUUCUGGGUUAAGAGCAAGGGCUUCCAUAUCGGCCAACCGGAAGGAUACGACGCAAAGCCGGCAGAUCGGAUUAUUGGACGACAUGCCGUCACUAGUCCCGGACUUGAUCCGCCGCUCUAUGUUCCCACGCAGCCGCCUCACAAUAAGUCCCUGAAUGGAGCCGAAGGAACCGUUCCACCUGGAAGAAUUUUCAAGAAGGUCGCAAUUGUUGAAAACUUUUUCGACAUCAUUCAUGCUGUCCACGUUGAUCUCGAAGGUCGUCCUGGAAAACAUGCGGGUCAGAAAAGGACAUAUAGAACGAUUACAGAAACGUACGCCUUUUUGCCCCGAGAGGCCGUCACUCGAUUUCUCCUCGGCUGCACGGAAUGUCAACGACGACCAAGAACGCCGAGUCCCAGCAAUCUGGCGAAUCAAUCGCAUGCAAAUGGAAUUCCAACAUCGUCAAUAUCAACCGUGACAACAUCAAUGUCAUCAUCGUUAACAAUGACAACAGCAGCGACACCAUUGAGUCCAACAUCCGCCACUGCCUUGUCAGCGACUCCAUUGCAAACUACACUCAAAAUUCGUGAAGCCAGUCACGCACCGGACAAGAAUCUCUUCAACUACAGGCACCCGAAGCAUCAAAAAACGCUAAUUUUGGAGAAGAAGGAGAAAAAGGAGAAUAAGGAGGAGAUUAAGGAUCAGAGGGAGACGAAGGAGAGCGAUGAUGUGAAGGAGCGGAAGGAGGAGGAAUCAUUGAGGGAGGAGAAAGUGAAGGAGGAGAAGAGAGAACCAAAAUACAAGGACGAGAAAUACAAUCCCUUGAGUAUCACGAAUUUACUCAAGAAGGAGCCGACAUUCAGCAAUAGUGGUUCUGUGGCAACAACCGAAAAUCUACUCGAGUCACGAAGAACACCGGAAUCGGAUAGAGCAAGUUCCCGGAGUUCGGCGUCGUCAAAGUGGCGGAGGAUGUUGCCCGAGGGACGUACACCAUCGCCACAACCCUCACAUCCACUGGCACGACCAUGGAGUCCGGGAUUAGAUCCAAAGAACACGCCAAUUGACUACAGUCUUCCCAUCACUACCACGUACCUAAAGCAUCAGCAGAGAAUUCUCGCCGAGCAAAAUAAAAAGCAACCGACAAGGGAGGAAAUUGCGAUCCAAGAGUUACGCAACGCGGCUGCAGCGGCGGCGGCAACCAUUGUCGAGACGGAGAGCAUGGAGAACGAGAGGUUCUCCCCGGCAGCGGGUCUAAUCGAUACCAAUCUCAAUCUACUUGCGACCAUUCAACAUCUUCACUGUCAAGUCAUGUUGGCAUUAACCGAGAGACUCAAACCCUCCACAAUGAUGCCCACGCCGCUCACUCUUCCCGGGCCCAACACAUUUAUGCCGACCACAAUUCUUGGACAUAAUCCCAUUAUUGGACAUAAUCCACUUCUUGGUCCCGCGUCAAUUAUUGGCCACAACUUUCUGAUACCGGCGAGUCAUAAUCAUUCCUGAGGGACGAUUGCACUUUAAAUAUGCCGAACCGGCUCCUGAAAGACGUUAAAUAAAUAUGGGUCGACUUAGGUGUGCCCCAUAUGGAAACUACAGCUUGGGAAAGACUUUGGAAAACAAAUGCCGAAGCUAUUUUCAAGGAGACUGCAAGCAGACACUAAACUUCAUGGAAUUGCCCGAAGAUAUUCGAGAGAACUGAAGUUAUACUUCAAACAAGACUUUAUUAAAGUGUGUUCGGAAAAGAGAUUGCGAACCUAUUCUGCAGUAGUUGUUGUAACAAGUAAAUCUAUGCAAACUGGACUCACCGAUUUCGUUGAACCGAGGUUUUUCUUUUAGAAUAUGGAAAAAUAUUAGAUAUGUAUUUUGUUUUUAAGCCGAGGCCAAAUUUAGAAGCCACACAUAUAGAAGAGUGAAUAAUUUUAACGUACAUUCAAAUUCAAGUAGUCAGAUUAUAAUGAAUAGCAAAUGAACAAUUACUAGCAAUGAAAAAAAGUGUUAAGAAAAUGUGACUAUUGAAUAAUAUUCAGGGUUGCUACAGAUCAUAAAAAUCAGAGAAUUUAAGGAAAAGUCAGGGAAAGUAAAGUUGGUCAGCAAAAUCAGGAAAAAGUCGAAGACUUUUAUGAAAAGUACUGAAAAAAAUGUAAUUUUUAUAAUUCAUAAAAAAAUUCUUAAUUUUUGUGUCUUUUUUGUUUGCUUCAUAAACUAUAAAAUUACCACGAAUUCUUAUUCAAAACCUUCAAUUUAUUCUAUUACUGGCAAC